UGGUGCUUUUCCUUGGAAAAUCUCAAUCGGAAUAUGUUUUAUUAAAGUUCAAAUUCAUAUUGCAGAGAAACUUUUGUUAAAAUCCAUGGAACUAUACUAUUUUUACUUUGUUUGAUGUGUAGGUGCUGGCAAAGUCUUCAAAAAUGAUUCCAGUUAUGCUGAUGGGUGCUCUUGUAUAUGGUAUAAAGUAUACUUUGCCUGAAUAUAUAUGCACUUUCCUCAUUGCUGGAGGCGUAUCCGCAUUUGCACUUUCCAAGACAAGCUCAAAAACUAUAAGCAAGCUUGCUCACCCGAAUGCUCCCUAUGGCUACGGACUCUGCUUCUUAAACUUAAUUUUUGAUGGUUUUACAAAUGCAACCCAAGAUUCUAUCAAAGAAAGAUACCCGAAGACUAGUGCAUGGGAAAUUAUGCUCGGAAUGAAUCUUUGGGGGACAAUCUAUAAUGUCGUCUACAUGUUUGGCUGGCCCAAUGCAACUGGCUAUGCUGCAGUGAGUUUCUGCAAGGAGCACCCAGAAGUGGCAUGGGAUAUUCUCAUGUUCUGCCUUUGUGGAGCUGUGGGCCAAAACUUUAUCUUCUUGACGAUCAACAACUUUGGUUCUCUUGCCAACACUACAAUCACGACAACCCGCAAAUUUGUAAGCAUUGUAGUAUCCUCUUUGCUGAGUGGGAAUCCUCUAUCAGUAAAGCAAUGGGGUUGCGUUUUCAUGGUUUUUUCCGGUCUCUCCUAUAGUAUUUUUCUCAAGUGGAAGAAGCUCCAAAAGAAGAGGAGAACUGACUGAUCUUUUCAUUUUGUUUCUUCUUUAAUUGCUCAAUCGAAGAAGGUUUAUGCGUUGGCUCUAUUUCAAUAGGAUGUACGAUUAGUCUUCACAUAAAUGUACUAAUCUUUUGUUAUGUUAUUAUACCGAGCCUUGAAUCCAACAGGUUCGGCCAUAGAAUGCUUAGUUAUGACAAGAGAGUUGGCUAUAAGAAUGCUAUAUACUGAUUUUCAGAAUGGUAAUUCAAUACCAAAAUGAAUGGAAAUAAGUUUUUUUUUAACA